GAACUCUUAUCUUUUGUAAAAAAAGUGAAACAGAACUCUUGACUUGCAUGCAUGUGGUGGAUUUUUUUAUAAAUAUAGCAGAGAUUCCAAUCCAUUACCAGUCAUAAUAAACCUGGUCUUUCAUCUCCCCUUCUUCUUCCACUUUCAUGUUUUCUAAAAGUCUUCUCUUCUAAGAAUAAACAUUUCUAAAGAUAAAACUCUCUAACAAAGACAAGAAGCAAAAGAAAAAAAAAAACAACGGUUCAGAAACCACACAUUAGAAGAGAAGACAAACCUCUGUUCUCCUGUUUCACCGGACUCUCUUCCUUCUCCUCACGGAGAUGUUACUCUUCGGAGAAACUUUCAUGAAGCUUUGAAUAUUUUUUAUAUUAUUUUUAUUAUUAUUAUUAUUCAAAGCUUCUUCUCACAGAGAAUCCAAGAGGACGAAGGCCAUGGCUGUUGAAGAGAUGGAGAAGAAAAAGAAGAAGAAGAACACAGGAAGCAAUGAAAAGACAGAGACGGAGAACAGCGACUCAUUAUCUAUCGACGAUCCAUCGCCGAGAUGCGUUCUUGAAAUCCCAUUAACGAGUUCUGACUCCGACAACAGCAGCAGCUGCAGCUCGUGCUCGCCUGAUAAGUCAUCGUCGCCGUUAUCUACAACUCCUCCGAACGUCUCGUCUUUUCAGCACCACGGUCUUCAAUGGAACAAGAUGAUAGACUCUAUCAAGAAGAAGUCCAUCAGGAGAUUCUCUGUCAUUCCUCUCCUCGCCAGCUACGAGCUCACGAGGAAAAACAUGCGGCGGAAACAGCCUAAGUUGUCUCCUUCUCCGGUUGACUGCGAUCAAAUAUUGGUCGCUAAACCGUCGUGGCGAAAUUUCAGUUACGAAGAGCUUGUGGCCGCCACGGACAGUUUUAAUCCCGAGAAUAUGAUUGGGAAAGGAGGACAUGCGGAGGUGUACAAAGGAGUUUUACCUGACGGAGAGACGGUGGCGAUCAAGAAGCUGAUGAGACACGCCAUGGAAGAAGAAGAAGAAAGAGUCAGCGACUUCUUAUCCGAGUUAGGGAUGAUCGCACACGUUAACCACGCAAACGCAGCUAGGCUUCGCGGUUUCAGUAGCGAUCGCGGUUUGCAUUUUGUGCUUGAGUACGCUCCGCACGGCAGUCUCGCUUCUCUACUCUUUGGGUCUGAGGAGGAGUGUUUGGAUUGGAAGAAACGGUAUAAAGUAGCUUUGGGUGUAGCUGAUGGUUUGAGUUAUCUUCAUAAUGAUUGUCCUAGACGGAUUAUUCACCGUGACAUCAAAGCUUCCAACAUUUUGCUAAGCCAAGAUUAUGAAGCUCAGAUAUCUGAUUUUGGACUUGCUAAAUGGCUCCCAGAGAAUUGUCCUCAACAUAUUGUUUUCCCUAUCGAAGGCACAUUCGGGUAUCUAGCUCCAGAGUACUUUAUGCAUGGGAUAGUUGAUGAGAAGACGGAUGUGUUUGCUUUUGGGGUGUUGCUUCUAGAGAUCAUAACUGGUCGUCGAGCGGUUGAUACAGAUAGCAGGAAAAGCAUUGUGAUGUGGGUGAAACCGCUUCUGGAGAAGAGCAGCUUGGAGGAAAUAGUUGAUCCUAAGCUAGGAAAUGACUUUGAUGAAACUGAGAUGAGAAGGGUGAUGCAAACAGCUUCAAUGUGCAUACACCAUGUAGCCACUAUGCGUCCUAAUAUGAACCGGUUGGUGCAGCUAUUGCGUGGGGAUGACCGGUUAGCUGAGCCUCACGGCGGAGCAAGAACAGUGAGUCUCGACGGGUGUGACCUACAAGAUCAUACCUCUUCCUCGUACCUUGACGGUCUCAUUCGGCAUAGACAACUCUUAAUGGAGUGAAGCAAGCAAUCCAACAACAACAACAAAAGUAUUACCUUGUCUUUCUUGCAUGUGAUUUACUUCAUAUUCUCCAUUGUAAAAAUCUCUAAAAGAAGGGAAAUGUUGUAUGUAUAAUUGGCCUCUAGUCUCAGCUUAUGCUUGUGUCUUCAACCUUUGUUCAUGUGAAAGCUGUAGUCACUUUUGAAAUCCGAAUGAUUAAUCGAAAAA